AUGCGUUUAGCUCUCGGUAAGCGCCCUUCGGCGCGCCGGACAAUCCAGUUCACCUCAGUCUCCGAUGCAAACCUCGACCUUUCUCAGCUUGGCAGAAUUGGUGUGGCGGGCGACUUCAACGGCAUCUCCCUCUACCAGUUUGAGGAGCAGAAUGAGAAGCCUUACAGCACAAACGGAAGCGAGUCAUUGCUUUCUCAGCUGCCCAAUGGCGCCUUUGCGUCGCUCAUCUCGACUGAUGCUUCAAUUCACGACAUGUGCACAUUCACGCUCGACAAUGGAACGAUGCAGGGAGUGGUAAUUGGCGGUAAUUUCACGAGCUUGGAUGGCACUCAGUCUCAAGGCAUUGCCUUGUUCAACCCCAACACCUCCCAGAUCACACCUCUGGCCGGUCUGUCAGGUCAGGUUAACGCUCUUCUCUGCGACCAAGCCGCAAACACCGUUUACGUUGGAGGCAACUUCCGAGGUGCCAACUCGACAAACGCAAUCGCCUGGUACGGUACUGAUGGAUGGACUAACCUUCCUUUCGCUGGUUUUAACGGCCCUGUUUCGUCCAUCACCAAGGCUUCCAACGGCCACAUCGUCUUUGGCGGUAGCUUCACUGGACUCGGCAACACGAGCACUCCCAGUACCCCGGAUGGACAGGUAAUCAACCUUUCAAGCGCCAACAUCACGUCGGCCUCAAGCACCUCUACAUCUGGCUUCAGCGACCCUCGCAACAUCAUCUGCAAGACGGACGGAACCGACGGCUCUGGCAACACUUGGCUGCUCCGCGACAACUCUGCUGGCUUCUGGCAGGCAAGUUUUGGCUUCGGUUUUCAGCCGACCAAGAUGCGGCUCUGGAACACCCACCAGGACGGUCGAGGAACCAAGACAUUCCGUUUCACCGCUCUCCCUCUGGGCGGUAUCUUGAACAUGACCUACGUGGACCCUGCAACUGGUCAGAACGCUACUUGCACCAGCGAGUGCCCUCUCAGCAACAACUCAACCCUCAAGUUCCAGGACUUCCACUUUGUCAACCUCGUCGGAAUGAACUCAUUCAGAAUCGAUAUUUCCGAGUUCUACGGAUCUGGCGGUGGUCUCAACGGCAUCCAACUUUUCGAGGACGACAUCAAUUCUUACGCCAUCAACGACUUCAACUCCCCGGCCUGCGCAGACAGCGACACCAAGUCAUCUGCCACCACCACCGGCCCUUGGUCGACGUCUCCUUCUCUGCAGAGCAGCUCCCAGUACCUGACUGCCAAGCUCUCCGGAACCAUCAGCGCAAGCUCUGCCACGGUUACCUUCCUCCCCGAUCUCAAGGAGUCUGGCAACUAUUCUGUCAACCUGUACACGCCCGGCUGCCUGCAGGACGGUACCUGCCUGACCCGAGCACAGGUGAACGUUACGGGCAUCAUGUCGUCCACUGGUAGCAACACGUUUUCUACGUCUCUCUACCAGACUAACAACUUCGACAAGUACGACCAGAUCUACUUUGGAUACAUCGAGGCCAGCUCCGCAGACGGCUUCCGACCCAGUGUCACCCUGACUCCUUUGGCUGGGCAGAGCAUUGAUGAAAUGACCAUUGUCGCUCAGCGCGUCGGAUUCACUCUCAUCAACUCGACAGGCGGCCUGAAUGGCCUAUUCGACUUCGAUCCUUCGUCUGCCACUAUCAACACGGAUUUCAAGAGCUCCAAGAUCAACCAGCUCGGGUCAUCAUUCUCCUCAGGAUCUGCAGUCACUAGCUUGACGACUGCUGGUGACUUGGUCAUCGUCGGAGGCAACUUCACGUCAUCCACUGCCCGCAACGUCAUUGGUAUCAACACUGCAAGCGAGGCUACAAUGGCUCUCGACGGCGGUCUCAACGGCGAAGUGAAGGCGAUGGAACUGAACGGCACCCAGCUUUACGUCGGUGGUGUCUUCUCUAACACCCUCGACAAUGCCGUCACAGGUCUCAACAAUGUCGGCGUAUACGACACCUCCGCCAACGCGUGGACUGCGCUUGGUGCAGGCGUGAAUGGCGAAGUUUCCCACGUUGUCCCAAUGCUGGUCAACAUUACAAGCGAGAGUGAGGCAGAGUCCGUUGUUACGUUCACCGGCGAUUUCAGUGAGAUCAACGCGUUUGGCGACAACUCGGCUAUUCAAGCUUCUGGCUUCGCCGUCUGGGUGCCCUCCCAGAAGAACUGGCUGCAGAACCUCAGCGGUCCCGUCCCGGCCUUGAAUGGAAUCCUGACCACUGGAAUCCUCGAUCUUCCCGGAGGAGGAUCUCUCUACGCGGGAUCGAUGACCUCGGCCACUAUUAGCGCCAAUGGUGCCGUCACCCUCGCUGAGAAGUUUGGCCAGUUCCCGGUCAAGUUCAAGUCAUCUUCCACGACUUCAAGCACAGUCAGCAAACGCGAUUCUCUUGCUAGCGGCAAUAUUACGGGUGUGGUCACUGGUGCAUUCUACACUGGUAACGACCGCAACAUUACCAUCUUGGGCGGCCACUUCACGGCUGUGGGCACCAACGGCAGUUCCGCCAACAACCUGGUGCUCAUUGACGGGUCAAACUCGAACUCAAUCACCGGCCUCGGUUCCCAGAUCGAGGACAACUCAACCUUCAUUGCCCUCGCGGUUACUGGCGAUCUUCUCUUUGCCGGCGGCAGCGUCCGUGGUAGCGUCAACGACAAUGACGUGCGAGGUAUCAUUUCCCUGAACCUCCAAACCGCCACCUUCAACAGCACGCAACCUCCCGGCAUCAGCGGCGGGAACGCGACUGUCACAUCCAUCGAGGUCCGCCCCGAUUCUGGUGAUGUCUAUGUUGCCGGCUCUUUCGAGUCAGCUGGAGCCCUUGGCUGCCCAGGUGUCUGCUACUAUGACACAUCUCUGGCAGGUUGGAACCGUCCUGGUGUCAACCUCGAAGGCACCGGCCAUUGCCUCAUCUGGACCAGCAAAUCCCAGCUUGUCGCCGGUGGCAACUUCACCUUGAAUGGUACCUCUCCCGCUAUGCUUGCCAUGUAUAGCCCUGAUCGCCAGGCAUGGUCUGCUUACCCUGGAGAGGACUCUCUGCCGGGUCCUGUCGAGGUUCUGACGGCUGGAUCGAGUGACCGCAAGCAACUCUGGGUUUCUGGAACCUCGAACAACGGCUCCAUUUACCUGAUGAAGUACGACGGCUCCAAGUGGCAAUCUGCUGGAAUUACUUUACUUCCCGGCACCCUUGUCAACAGCAUCCAAGUCUUUUCUCUGACUUCAUCUCACGACAACACCGACAUCCUUGACUCCAACCAAGCCGUGAUGAUCACCGGUUCCCUGAACGUCCCUGGCUUCGGUACAGCCUCAGCUGCCAUCUUCAAUGGAACGUCCUUCCAGCCGUACGCGCUCACCGUCAACAGCGGUAACACCGCCGGUUCUAUCUCGAGGAUCUUUACCGAGAACCAGGACUUCUUCUCCGACAGUGACGGCCGCAUGGCUCUUGGGUUCAUUGUCCUGAUUGGACUCGGUAUCUCACUCGCCCUCAUCUUCCUCAUUGUCAUCGUCGGUAUGGCCCUCGAUCGCCUGCGCAAGAAGCGUGAGGGAUACUCGCCAGCACCGACAUCGAUGUAUGACCGCGGCGGCGGUAUGAGGAAGAUUCCUCCCCACGAGCUGCUCGAGUCACUCGGCAAGGGCCGUCCUGGCGCUCCGCACGUGUAG